UGAGAAGUGAAGCUGAAGACUAAAAUAUUGUUUUUCUUCUUCUUCUCCUCCUCCUCCUUCUUCUUCCGUUUUUAAGCACAGAAAGCGAAGCUUCUCUUUCCAUCAUUAUUACUAUUCACCUUCUUUGCCUCACUUUUCUCACACUCCCUCGCUGCUCUUCUCGCCUCUGUUUCUUUCUCAUUUCUUAUAAAAACACAUUUUCAUACAAAUACGAACACACUUUCACAGAGACUCGAAACAAAAGUUGAAAAAUGGAGUUUGAUCUUGAGAACACUAUGACAAGCUUGGAAGAACAACAAUUUGAUACAGUCCCAAAUCUCUUUGCCUCUGAAUCUGAUCACAUGCCUUCAAGAAAUCUCCUACACUGCUUGAAAACCUCUGGUUUCUAUGUCUCCUUUCGUCAAGAAGCCAUUUCUCUCAUUUUACAGGCACAAUAUUCUUGCAACCAUGACGCCUUCAUACCUUACCUUGCUGUUAAUUACAUGGAUCGAUUCAUUUCCAAACAAGAAAUUCCGCAAGGGAAGCCAUGGAUUAUUAGACUUCUAGUAAUCUCUUGCCUUUCUCUAGCUGCAAAGAUGAAGAACGCCCACUUCUCAGUCUCUGAUUUUCAGGGAGAGGAAGCUGGUUUCAUCUUUGACACACAAACCAUUAAUCGCAUGGAACUUCUCAUUCUUGAUGCCUUGAAUUGGAGAAUGAGAUCGAUUACACCUUUCUCCUUUGUGCAUUUCUUUAUUUCUGUACUUGAACUCAAAGAUCCAUCAACCUCACAACCUCUCAAAGACAGAGCUACAGAGAUUAUUUUUAAGGCUCAAAAUGAAAUCAAGUUUCUAGAGUUCAAGCCAUCUAUUGUUGCAGCAUCAGCCCUUCUUGUAGCAUCCAAUGAACUACUCCCAUUGCAAUUCCCUUUGUUCAAGUGCUCAUUCUCCUCCUGUGCAUUUGUAAAUAAAGAGAAGCUGUUGAGCUGCUUUAAUGCAGUGCAAGAAAUGGUGGAGAUGGAAUGGUACGAGUCAAUGUUGGAUACAAUGUCAUGCACAAGAACCCCAUUGAGCGUGCUAGAUAGGCUUUGUACAAAAUCAGAAAGUGAGACCACUAGCACCACCAGCAUCACCAAUGGCAGUACAGUGCCCGAGAUCAAGCGGCGAAGAUUGAAUGGCCACAGCAGCAAGUGAUGGCAAUAUUUUGUUUCAGUUUUUCUUAGUUCUGAUAAUAUUGGGACUCUGUAAUCGGUCCAUAUCUCUUAGCAUCAUCAAUGUCGCCAUCACAACAGAAACCCCCCCCCCCCCCAAAAAAAAAAAAAAAGCCAAAAGAAAAGAAAGAGCUAUGUUUUCAAGCAAAGAAACUCAUUGCUAUCUCAGUUGGUUGUGUCAAAAAAAAAAAAAAAGGAAAAAAUUAUUGCUCCUGCUUGCAAUAUUGAGACCAUCUUCUCAAAAAAUAAAAAUAAAAAUAAAAAUCAUUUGGUUU